CUCUUUACCCUCCGCUGCGCUCCAGCCACCGUCAGCAGCAACUAUUACUACAACCGGCUCCGGCUGCUUCAGUCUCUCAUCCAGCUGUGGAGCCAGCACAGAGUGGUUUUUACAGCUGUGCUAUAAGUGCAAACUUCGAGGAUUGAGUGAUUGAUUGAUUAAUUGAUAGAUUGAGUGAUUAUAGAAAGCCUGAGCCAUGGCGACAAUAGGAGAUUUCGACCCACUCAACUCCACCGUACCUGCUACAAAGAUUGAAGUCACCGUCUCCUGCAGAAACCUGUUGGACAUGGACACCUUCUCGAAGUCAGACCCAGUGGUGGUGUUGUACGUUCAAGGCCUGGGGACCAAGGAGUGGAGAGAGUUUGGCCGGACUGAGGUGAUCGAUAACACGCUGAACCCCGACUUUGUGAGGAAGUUUGUCCUUGAUUUCUUCUUUGAAGAGAAACAGAACCUUCGCUUUGAUGUGUACAAUGUGGAUACCAGGAGCUCCAACCUUUCAAAACACAAGGACUUUCUGGGUCAGAUGUUCUGUACGUUGGGGGAGAUCAUCGGCUCGACCGGAAGCAGGCUGGAGAGGACGCUCUCUGGGAUUCCCGGAAAGAAGUGUGGAACCAUCAUCUUCACAGCCGAGGAGCUAAGUAACUGCCGGGACAUAGCGACCAUGCAGCUCUGUGCCAACAAGCUGGACAAAAAGGAUUUCUUCGGCAAGUCUGACCCUUUCCUUGUCUUUUACCGGAGCAAUGAGGAUGGGACGUUCACCAUCUGCCACAAGACUGAGGUGAUCAAGAACAAUCUGAACCCUGUUUGGCAGUCGUUUACCAUCCCUGUUCGAGCACUCUGUAAUGGAGACUAUGACAGGACAGUGAAGGUGGACGUGUAUGACUGGGACCGAGACGGGAGUCAUGACUUUAUCGGGGAGUUCACUACCAGCUACAGAGAACUGUCCAGAGGCCAAAGUCAGUUCAAUGUCUACGAGGUUUUAAAUCCUAAAAAGAAAGGCAAGAAGAAGAAAUACAUCAAUUCAGGGACGGUGACCUUGCUGUCUUUCAAAGUGGAGUCAGAAUACACAUUUGUCGACUUCAUCAGAGGAGGGACACAACUCAAUUUCACAGUGGCCAUAGACUUCACAGCAUCCAACGGGAACCCAUCCCAGCCCACCUCACUGCACUACAUGAGUCCAUACCAGAUGAAUGCAUAUGCCAUGGCUCUAAAAGCUGUAGGGGAGAUCAUUCAGGAUUACGACAGCGACAAACUCUUCCCAGCAUAUGGCUUUGGAGCUAAACUUCCCCCAGAUGGCAAGAUCUCUCACGCCUUCCCCCUGAACUCAAAUACAGAAAACCCAAACUGUGUGGGGAUCGACGGGGUGCUAGAGGCAUAUUUCCAGAGUCUGAGAACAGUUCAGCUGUAUGGUCCCACCAACUUUUCCCCAGUCAUCAACCAGGUGGCUCGAUGUGCGGGAGAAGUGACCGACGGCUCCCAGUACUUUGUGCUGUUGAUGAUUACAGACGGUGUCAUCUCAGACAUGGAUCAGACCAAGGAGGCUGUGGUGAAUGCAGCCUCCCUGCCCAUGUCUAUCAUCAUAGUAGGAGUGGGCCCUGCUGAGUUUGAUGCUAUGGAGGAGCUGGAUGGGGAUGAAGUCAGAGUUUCCUCCAGGGGGCGCUUAGCUGAGAGAGACAUCGUCCAGUUCGUUCCUUUCCGGGACUACAUCGACCGCUCAGGCAACCAGGUCUUGAGCAUGGCCCGUCUGGCCAAGGACGUCUUGGCAGAGAUCCCCGACCAGCUGCUGUCCUUCAUGAAGAGUCGAGGGAUUGAACCCCGCCCCCCCUUGCCUGUCACCUCAGAAUCCCCCUCAAUGUCCACCCCCACUGCAACCACCACCAAGGAACACAACGUGCAUGCCUGAAAAUUAGGGCAUGUGUGAGUGUGUGUGCGCAUGUGUGUUCUGCAUGGUUUCCAGGGGUUGAUAAGAGGAACCGGGUCAGGCUUGUUUUCACGGUGUACUUAAAGGGACAACUUUCAGAAGAGAAAAAUCCCCAUUAUAAAAGUGUAUGUGUAAAGGAUUCUUCUGACAAGAUCUGGAUCACAAGUGUAAAAAAAGUGCAGUUUUGAUCUUUUUAAUGUUUCUCGUUCUGUCUUCUGUCAGCUCCUGUCACGAUACUCCCUCUGCAAGUGCAACACGCAGCUCUGCAGUCACACACAGCUGCAUUUAAAUGUCAUAUGGCUGUUUUUCCUCAGUCACUGAUUCACUAUUUAUUUUUUUGAAAACCCAACUUCUGCUGAUGUUGUUUCUCCAAUCCUCCUUUAUUCAGUUCUGGGUCUGUCUGCUCUAAUAAUGAAUCCUGAAGUAGCCGACAAUGUGCUUUCUAUCAAUUGCAAAGAAAGACCGUAUGAAGAAAGAGGUCCCUUUCCUUGUUUAUUAAUUCUCAGGGCAUUUCAAAGGCUUGACGGUAACACAGGAAACUGAAAAUUGUUGGAACAGAAAUUAUAUCCUUUCCUGGUCGUGGCAACUCAGCACCAGGGGACACCAGUUCUUUUUAUUGCAUCAUGAAAGUGUAUGCUGUAUAUUAUUCUAUGCUGAAGAUGACAUUGAAAUGUUUUCUCUGAAGGGGUAAUGAAUGUUCUACAUUUCAAGGUCAAUAUCCAGCGAUGGAGCAUCGGCAAGUCUGAACUAAUCCCACGUGGACAUGAAGGGAGACGCUUGCAAGCAGGAAAUAUCUAUGUGGCCCUGAAACAGGCUCGAGAUGGAGAAAGGACUGAAAUAUCCUCCACUUCAGCACCUCCACCUCCUCCAGCGAGCGUACAUUUAACAGUAUCAGUUUGUGCAAUUUAUUUCAGCCCUGGUUUCAGAGGACAUCCUCAUAUCAGUGUGCUCCGCUGUCCAGCCUCUUCCUCUAAAUUGUAACUCUCUCAGCUGAGGCGAAUCAUUCUUGACUGAGGGCGCCUCUGUCUGAAGCUGCCUGGAGCUGAUCAGUGUGCAUUUCACAGUCCAGAAUAUUUCAUAUGUAGCAGAGAAUGCGUGGAAGUGUCAGGGUCACCUUUACUUUCCUUUAUGUUGUUCUGUGGAAAGAGGGAGAAAAACAGAAAAUUGAAACAGUGGUUUGGUAAACACUCUUUUAUUAGUUCAUUAGGUAAAACCAAUACAGUCUAAUACAGCAGUCCUGCAAAAUUCCUCUGUGAUGGUUAUACUGUUCAGUUUGUGUUUGAACUGUGUUGAAGAGUUGUAAUAAAAGGAUAUAGUUUAUAUAGUAUAGGGGUGCUGUAUAACUACUACAUUAUAGAGACAGGGGUUUUUGUUAUUUAGCCUACCAUCAUUGCUUUGAAUGCGUCGGACAAAUUAAUAGAAACACCUCUCAUCAUAAUGCAGUACUCUUGUGAACUGUUGUAUGUGACUAUAUUAGUGUUAGAUAGGUGUACCUAAUAAACUGACAACUGAGUGCACAUACUGCUGUGUCAGUGACACUGAGGCCGUGUUGACUGCUUUUUAAAAUGUAUGCACACAUUUCCCCGGUCACUUCUGCUGUUUGAUAAAUGGCUGCAUUUCUCCUGUGUUGGCCUGUCAACCAGCAGCUGUAGAAACAGGCUUUUUAGCAACGAAUUUAGACUUUUCUGAGACGUUUUUUCCCUGUUUGUAAUGCCUUUGUUGUGUGCAUGAACAAUUCCAGCAAAAGUGAGUACUUGACCAUAAACCCCAGAUAUGAUUUACUGUAACAGGUUGAGCUCUUUUUUCUUCCCUUGAACACAGGAUCUAAAAACAGAUUCUAUGAAGUCUGGUUGAAAUUCUCUGUCUCUGACCUUUGGAACAUAGAGAAAUGGUUCAACCUGAUAGCAACACAGUAAGUUGGAGGGAUUUCCUUCAAGCCAAAAAUAACAAAUGGAUUCAUCACUAUUGAACUUGUGUCAUAUUGUAACAGAAAGGAAACGGAUAUGUGGCCUUAUUUCUGUCAAAAUUGUGUGUGUGUGUGUGUGUGUGAGGGAGGACUCUAUUUUUAUAUGACAACACAGGACAUCUGUUCUUUUGCAUGCUUACUGGGCUGAUAUGCUGCCAAUGAUUGUACUUGUUUAGGAAAAUCUGUAUCUCUAUUCAUAUCUGACAAUGACUUCAAACUGUAUUCCCACAUGUGUUGACUUGUGAGCGUUCUUUCUAUUUCUACUGUUAUUGUGUACAAUAUACUUGAAGGAACUGCCAACAUAAUAAUAGUAAUAAUUAUAAUAAUAAUAAUCCCAAACUUAUAGGACUGAGACACAUGAAUAGUAGGGUAGAUUUGUAUCACAGUGUUAAAACAUACAUGCAUGUGUGUGUUACUAUCCACUAGUACACCAACCCAAAGUCACAUACAUGUAACCUAUUGGAUAUUUUUGUAUGAAGCAUGUGAAGCUUUCUAUACCGUGUGUACAGUAUUAGUUAAUGACACUGACAAACAAUUUACUGCUCACCAAUGCUCCCCAGUUAAAUGUGUCCCAUGCAGUCUACAUGUAGGUCAGAUGUAAAUACGUCCAAAGUGAUGUACAGAAUAUUUUGUGAAAGGUCUUCCUUCCAUUUUGUUCCUCUCUGAUACUCUAAAUGUGUAUCUGUUAUUUUUGUCUCCAUUUGCGUUGGUCACAGGUAAUUUAUAGCUUGGUCACUGUUUUCUAUCUUUUGCUUUGGUACCAAAUAAAGAUAUUAUUUAAGGCAGUGGGCCAUAAAGAUC